AUGAACUUGCAGAAAGCCAUGACUGGCAUGAGCAGUCCGAAGACAGAUGAGAUCACCGCCCUGGACCUUUCCGGGUGCACGGCGCGCGGCUGCCUCGGGCGUCAGAGCUCGCGCCGACCUUGUCGGCCGAAGCCCAAUCGGCCCAAGCCUGCGCGGGUGCAUCGGGCACUCUGCCGGCUGCAGCAGGCCGUGUCGGAGAUUCCGCGCGAGGCCCGUCGAGAGGUUUUGGAGGGCAUGCCGCCGACAGCGCGGCAGGCGCUGCUCGCCUUCAUGGAGCGCCAGAUGUGCCAGGCGCUCGAACGGGCACAGCCGGCAAAGCCGGCAAAGCCGGCGCAGCUGGCACAGCCGACUCAGCCGGCCGGUCAGAACCGACAGGCUGAGGCUCGGCGCGGCCACCGCGGGCACUCGGCGUCACAGACGCAUCAGAUGCCCAAGACCAAGAAGAGAAAGACUCGACUUGUGGGCGUCAGCCACAAGAAAGGUGGUUGGACCGCCAAGCUCUGCUUGAGUCCCUACUUGUAUGUGUCCUCUCGGUGCUUCGAUAACCCGCAUCGCGCGGGCAUGAUGCUCAAGGUCCUUUGCCGAGCGCGGGACUUGGCCAGCAUGAUCGGCAUCGGCAUCGCAAGCUCAAGCGGAUCAAGCACGCAACCUCUCAAGCAGGCUCUCGUGGCUGCCUGCCACGAGGCAGGCUUGGAGCUGAAUGACCUGGCACCCUCCUUCAACGCAUGCGUGGAUGCAACUGGCAUCGUGGGAUGCUCGGUCUCUUCCAGGUCGAGUACAUGCCUUGAUGAAGCCGUCCAUCAUCGCAGUCUGCUGCUGAGUGGCCGCGCUGCCGGCUGGAGUCACUUUCGUGAGGCUUGGCUUUCUGUGCUGCAGGCGACAGUGCAGCGCAGGACAUCGCGAGCCUGGGGACGUGCACGCAUGAAGCCCCUUCGAAAGCAGAAUGCAGAGGAGAUGGUGGAUAAGGCGCGGAGGAGCUUCGAGCUGCGGCACGAGGAGCGCACCUUGGCAGCUUGCCGGAAGCGCCUUGCAAAGGCGGUGCGUGCAGUGGAAGUCCUCUGCUCAGAGACCCGCAAACGCCCGUUGCGAAUGUUGAGCUCAUGA